GAAUUGAAUAAUUCACUCAUUUGUGGGGCCGCGGGCCGUCGUAAACAUGCCCACAGCGGGGCGUGGCAGUCGCCAGUCGGUCACUAUCCGGCGUCGAGAGCGGUCGUGCCGCGUUUCACCCCGUGCGUACUCCAAGCCGCCAAGAUUUUCGACCGGCAGUACCACUCACCCUCCAAGGUGUUAAAGUUGGAGGACGACCCUUGGGGGUCAUGUGCCAUGUACUCCCCGGACAAGAUGAAGUCGGGCGGGGGACUCAUGGGCCCCCCCGGCUGCUUCCCGGGGCGGUAUAGCCCGACGUACCGGAGCCCCGAUCCGAGGCGCUGCGUGCCCAAUCCUUCUAGCCGGAUCCUGGAGGAUGCGUCACUGAUGUGUAACUCCUGGUCCCCGAGACACAACGGCGACCUCUUUGGUGGUCUAAAUGACGGCCUCCUAAGCCGCGCAGAGGCCCUCGCGGCGGUAGACAUCAGCAAACACCAGAGCGGACCCCAGCCCGGACCCCUGCCGCAGCUCAAACAUGACAUGGUGUACCACCAUGGGGUCGGCGGACCACCGCCGCACAACGCUAGGCCACAUCAGCAUUUCUUCUCACAGAUGGGCCACCACGGCAUGGAGAGUCUCGACAUGCUGGACCCGCUCAGCUCCUCAUCCAUGACCACCCUGGCUCCCAUGGGGGAGGUCGCGCCCCCCCACCACCAGCUGCACGGCUACGGGAUGAACCAUGUCAUGAAUCAUCACCACCACGCAGGGUCCCUAGGGCAUGCACCACCAGCUCAUCUAGCGCACCCGUCGGCCGCUCUCCAUCCAGAUACAGACACAGAUCCAAGAGAGCUUGAAGCUUUUGCGGAGAGAUUCAAACAGAGAAGGAUUAAAUUGGGAGUGACCCAAGCAGACGUCGGGAAAGCACUAGCGAACCUGAAGCUACCUGGUGUUGGAGCGCUCUCCCAAAGUACUAUCUGCCGCUUUGAAAGCCUUACUCUAAGUCACAACAACAUGAUCGCUCUAAAACCAAUCUUACAAGCUUGGUUGGAAGAAGCAGAGGCUCAAGCGAAGAACAAAAGACGGGACCCCGACGCGCCCAGCGUCCUACCCGCUGGCGAGAAGAAACGCAAACGCACAUCCAUAGCGGCACCAGAGAAAAGAAGCCUCGAAGCGUACUUCGCUGUCCAACCACGCCCUUCCGGAGAGAAAAUAGCAGCGAUCGCGGAGAAACUUGACUUGAAGAAGAACGUGGUAAGGGUGUGGUUUUGCAAUCAGCGGCAGAAACAGAAGCGGAUGAAGUUCGCCGCGCAGCACUGACCGGGGGGAGGCGGCGCGGCGCUGCUCUACCCGGGUACCGGGUACGGGUACUAGCCGCCCGCGACACCUUGCCCGGUCUCCCCCUGGGGUCAACCACUCGUAAGCAAUAAUCGUUUCGAUCUCAUUCCUUUAACACAUCUCAAUUCGUAGCGUAGCUCCUUUUGUAUUCUCAUAUUAUAUUUUUCGAGACACAGGGUAUAUAUUCGAUUAUAUACAUAUCAUUACAGUAAAUAGAGGUCGCUUCAUCGUAUCAUUUCUGCCGUUUUGAUGUUUUACUAACAUCUUGUACAUGAAAAAUUGAAAUUCAGGAUUUUAAAGAGAAUGUGCCUUGCAAAUAUCAAUAUUCUGUGUUUAAUGUUAAAGUAACUUGAACGUCGUGUGGCGUCGGUAGUGGCGCCGGCCACAGGCGAUAGCGGGGCGGGAGCGAUCCGCUCUGCGCUCGAGCCGUGUGUGGAUUGGACAAGUAAAAUGUGAGAUGAAGCCUUAUUAGAUGCGAUCAAAAGCAUGAACAAAAUUUAACAAAAUC